GCUUAUUAUUAGGCGGCCUGUUCCAGCUCCAGAGAGGGAAAGGCGAGCUCCUGGCCUCAUGUCGCGAGGAAAGCUCUAGCCACCGCAGACUAUUCUUCUCUCCCACCAUCCUCUCCUUCAUCCUUGGAGGAUUCUGAGAAAACAGACCAGUCGUGUAUUAGUUUUCCCCCCAAUCACAGCGCGCUCUCGCCCUUCACCUCUCCUCCCUCUCGGGGAGGGAGGGACACAGAGGCACGAAGUGGCGCAGAGUAGACGCUUGUGACAACCCAAUUUACCUCCACCAGCUUGCUGCUGCUCUUGUGCACAAGGAUCCGAUAGGAUGGAGAGGAAGUCCACCAUUCUCAUGAACCGGUACGAGCUUGGUCGUAUGCUCGGGCAAGGCACCUUCGCCAAGGUGUACCAUGCGCGGAGCCUUGCGACCAACCAGAGCGUCGCCAUCAAGGUCAUUGACAAGGAGAAGGUGUUGCGUGUCGGCAUGAUUGACCAGAUCAAGCGGGAGAUCUCCAUCAUGCGCCUGGUUCGUCAUCCAAACAUCGUCCAGCUGCAUGAGGUCAUGGCCAGCAAGAGCAAGAUAUACUUUGCCAUGGAGUAUGUCCGGGGCGGCGAGCUCUUUGCCAGGGUGGCCAAGGGCCGGCUCAAGGAAGAUGCUGCAAGGAAGUACUUUCAACAGUUGAUAGGGGCUGUGGACUUCUGCCACAGCCGUGAUGUCUAUCACCGGGACCUCAAGCCGGAGAACCUCCUCGUGGAUGAGCACGGAAACCUCAAGGUGUCCGACUUCGGGUUGAGUGCCCUCAAGGAGUGUCAGAAGCAAGAUGGGCUGCUGCACACAACGUGCGGCACACCUGCAUAUGUUGCGCCAGAGAUAAUCAACAAGAAGGGCUAUGAUGGAGAAAAGGCAGACAUAUGGUCUUGCGGUGUCAUACUUUUUGUUCUGCUUGCUGGCUACCUCCCAUUCCAAGACUCAAAUUUGAUGGAGAUGUACCGGAAGAUCAGCAAAGGUGAUGUCAGGUAUCCACAGUGGUUCAGUUCUGAUGCCCGGAAGAUUCUAUCCAGGCUGCUCGACCUAAAUCCAAACACAAGGAUCACCAUGGACAAGCUCAUUGAGCACCCGUGGUUCAAGAAAGGGUACAAACCAGCAGUGACUCUGGCAACGCCACGUGCCUCAAAGGAUCUUAAUGAUGUCCAGGCUGCUUUCAGCACGGACCGCAAGGAUGGUGAAGGCAACAGGGCACAACAACCAAAUAGCCCAUUGAAGCCAGCGAGCUUGAAUGCGUUUGACAUAAUCUCCCUCUCCAAAGGUUUUGAUCUCUCUGGCCUAUUUGAGAAGGACCAAGAGCAGAAGUCGAACUCGCGGUUCAUGACCCAAAAACCCGCAUCAGCAAUAGUGUCAAAGCUGGAGCAGAUAGCUGAGACAGAGUCCUUCAAGGUGAAGAAGCAGGACGGACUGGUGACGCUGCAGGGAUCCAAAGAAGGGAGGAAGGGGCAGCUUGCGAUUGAUGCGGAGAUCUUUGAAGUGACUCCAUCCUUCUAUGUUGUUGAGGUGAAGAAGUCGGCAGGAGACACAUUGGAGUACGAACGGUUCUGCAAAAAGGGCCUACGGCCUUCUCUCAAGGACAUCUGCUGGAACGGUCCGUCAGAGGAAAAGCUUCCAUCAGUAUCGGAGUCAGUACCUCCAACUCCGUCCUCCAAGUCGACCAAAAGAAAUGGCAUUUAAGUGUGAUAUCUUCUGAGAUGCAAUUACAAUCUAUUCUCCUCUCUCUUUCUUCCCUCCUCAAAGAGCUGAGACUUUGCUCACUUGAGCAUCAAGCUUUAGGGCUCUUUGUUAAUCUUUUUUACAGUUUCCAAUUUGUGGUAGCAAUUGUAGUAUAUGGUUCUCCUGUUCUGUUCACCAAUAGAAGCACAAAAGGUGACAGUAACACUCUUACAGUGUUGCUUUGGGACAAGCAUACCAUCACCUGCAAAAAAGAUCUUGUAAGAGCCAAAGCUAUUAUAGGAUGAUUAGAACUUCAUAAAUCACCAUGGCAGAUAGCAUAGAACAGAUUCCUCAUAUUCCUGGUAUGUUGUCUUGCGACUUGAGUAUAUCCUACUUGUUAUGAAGUUCUAAGUAAAAUACAGAUGCAUUAAACAA